UAAAAUAAACUGUUUAUUUCUGAAGAAUUCAGAUGAUUUCUGCCGGUGCUGCAAACCCCUCGGCUUUUCAUCAGCUGUCUUUUAAGGUUCGAAUCACGUAAACAAACCGCAAAUGAGAGGAGCGUUCAAAUUCGUUUUCUCGAGGCUUUUCUCCAGCAAAACCACUGCCCAUCAGGCUGAUCUGAUGGCCAGGAGUUUGCCGAAGAAGAAGCCUCUGCCGGGAGUGAAAGACAUUGUGCUGGUGGCGUCCGGAAAGGGAGGAGUUGGCAAGUCCACAACAGCCGUCAAUCUCGCGGUGUCUCUGGCGCGCGCUGGCCAGAAAGUGGGGCUUCUGGAUGCAGAUCUCUUCGGGCCGUCCAUUCCCCUGAUGAUGAAUCUCACAGAGACGCCACUUGUGGAUGAUGACAAUAGAAUAAUCCCUCCUGUGAACUACGACGUCAAGUGUCUCUCACUCGGGCUGCUCACGGAGAUGAAGCCAGCCAUUUGGCGGGGUCCUCUGGUCAUGUCCGCCACGGAGCGUCUGCUCAAGGGCACAGUGUGGAGUCCUCUGGACGUGCUGGUUGUGGACACGCCGCCAGGAACGGGAGAUAUUCACCUGUCUCUGAUGCAGAACGUCCCAAUCAGCGGCGUGCUUCUGGUCAGCACUCCUCAGUUGGCCGCCCUCAGAGUGACCCAGCGAGGAGCUGAGAUGUUCCGGAUACUGCAAGUGCCCAUCCUGGGCCUCGUGGAGAACAUGAGCGCCGUGAAAUGUGGAAAUUGUGGCAAUGAAAUUGACAUUUUCGGUCGGGAAACGGAUAAAAUCGCCCGAGAAAUGGACGUUGAGGUGCUCGAGAGAAUACAAAUUGACCAAGAAGUCAUGCUGGGCAGUGAUUCCGGUGUUCCCGUGACUGUAAAGCAUCCUCAAUCGGAGUACACAAAGUGCUUCCAGAGAUUAGCAAACAAUGUAAGGCUGAAGAUUGAACAAAAACGAGAA